GCAGAGCACCGAGGGGCGGGGCUUGGCCGGCUGGCUGGACGCACAGGGAUCAGGUUGAGUGGCUGGGCCUGGUGGAGGGCAGUGAGGGGCAGUGGCUGGCAGCCCACCAUGCUGAGUGCAGCGUGCGGCAGCCUCGCCUUAGCGUUGCGCAGUACACGCGCGCUGCCGUCUGCGGUCGCCCGUAGGUGCCUUGGCGGGUCAGGGUCGCAGCGGUCGGCUGACCAGAGCGAGAGGACUAAGGAACUGCCCCGCGCCUUCGACCUGGCGCUGCUGGAGUUCUUGGUGUGCCCACUUUCCAAGAAGCCGCUCAGAUAUGAAGCAUCGACAAAUGAAUUGAUUAAUGAAGAGUUGGGAAUAGCCUAUCCAAUUAUUGAUGGGAUUCCUAAUAUGAUACCUCAGGCAGCUAGGAUGACACAUCAGAACAAGAAGGAAGAAGAUAUGGAGCAGCAUUAAAUCAUAAUUAAAAACUACAUUUUAAAAACUAAA